UACACCGACGAAUACGUACAUGUGACACCUAACUGCAUUUGGGAGCAGAAUGUCUGUGAAUGCGCCCAGCAGCAGUGAUGCAUGUUUAAGCAUCGUUCACAGCCUGAUGUGCCACCGCCAGGGAGGAGAGAACGAGAGCUUCGCCAAACGUGCCAUUGAAAGCCUGGUAAAGAAACUCAAAGAGAAAAGAGAUGAGCUUGACUCCCUCAUCACUGCUAUCACCACAAAUGGAGUUCAUCCAAGCAAGUGUGUCACCAUACAAAGAACACUGGACGGACGUUUGCAGGUGGCUGGGCGGAAGGGUUUCCCUCAUGUCAUAUAUGCCCGUCUGUGGCGAUGGCCGGACCUUCACAAGAAUGAACUCAAGCAUGUCAAGUUCUGUCAGUAUGCAUUCGAUCUGAAGUACGAUAAUGUGUGUGUCAACCCCUACCACUAUGAGCGUGUGGUGUCCCCUGGGAUUGUGGGAUUCAGUUUGCCAAACCCAGGCAGGCUGAUAAAAGAAGAGCACAUACAUGACUGCAUCCAGAUGGAGGGUCUGUCAAGUAUGACCUUACAGCAAGACCAUCAUCCUCCAGAUCACUACAGCCCACAUCCUCUGAGACUGAUGUCCCCAGAGCCACCCCAGCGGACCACUUCCUCAGUGACUCUCUACCCCAGUCUGCCCCUCUCUCCACCCUCAAGUGCAUCCAGGUUGUCAAUGCAGGUGGAACGCCCUGAUGGACUGUUGCAGAUCGCCCCACCAGUGGGACGGUCCUUGACGUCCAGCUCUCCACCUUCCCCCCCAACACACAGUCAUGCACCCACACACAGCCAGCCUUCAUCCCAGCAGCCCUCUGUCAGCCAGAGUGAAUACAGCACCUCCAAGCACACACAGACACCGGGAUCUUUCCACACAACAACCUGGACCGGGAGCAGCACAGCCUCCUAUUCUCCAGCUGGACCACAGCAGAAUGGGCGGAGUCAUCAGCAAGCCCCUCCCCCUCAUACCAGCCACUUCUGGUCUCAGCAUCACACACCAGCCUCAUACCCUCAACAAGUCUCCAACCAUCCAGGCCCAGAGUUCUGGUGCUCAAUCUCCUACUUCGAGAUGGAUGUGCAGGUUGGGGAGAUGUUUAAGGUUCUAGCCAAUUGUCCUGUGGUGACGGUGGAUGGAUAUGUGGACCCUUCGGGUGGGGACCGCUUUUGUUUGGGUCAGCUCAGCAAUGUUCACCGAACAGAUGCCAGCGAGAGAGCACGGCUUCACAUUGGUAAAGGUGUUCAGCUGGAAUGCCGUGGGGAGGGGGAUGUGUGGAUGCGUUGCCUAAGUGACCAUGCCGUAUUCGUGCAAAGUUACUACUUGGACAGAGAAGCAGGGAGAGCGCCAGGGGACGCCGUUCACAAGAUCUACCCAGGAGCCCUCAUUAAGGUGUUUGAUCUUCGUCAGUGUCACAGACAGAUGCAGCAGCAAGCGGCGACUGCACAGGCAGCUGCGGCUGCGCAGGCUGCAGCGGUGGCUGGGAACAUCCCGGGGCCAGGCAGUGUUGGAGGAAUCGCUCCAGCCAUCAGUCUGUCCGCAGCAGCUGGGAUAGGUGUUGAUGACCUGCGGCGAUUGUGUAUCCUGCGGCUGAGUUUUGUAAAGGGCUGGGGACCUGACUACCCUCGACAGACCAUCAAACAGACACCGUGCUGGGUGGAAGUUCAUCUACACCGUGCCCUGCAGCUGCUAGACGAGGUCCUACACACCAUGCCCCUCGCUGACCCUGGACCUGCCAACUGACCCACAGAGAGUGCAAAAUAUACAAGCCCUGUCACAAAAACAGCGAGGAUGACAGACGAAGAGAAAGAGAGACACACUCUAUGCAGGCAAACGGUGUCUCAUAGUACCACAUACACACACAUAAACCUUCACACACAAUCUUUCCACAGCCUUGACCAACAAUGUGCCUUUGAACUGACCAGUGUUUAGUCCACUUUUGGGUGCUGUUGACUUGGUUGUCACAGUAAUACAGACCAAAGGCCCUACUGAUUAGUUCACACUAAUGGAGGUCCUAAAGAUGUGCAAGUAUGUUGGUUAAGAGGGAGAGGAUGAUCCAUAUAGAUAACACCGUUAAUAUGCUUUAUCCUCAGAGACCCAACCAUUGAUCAUUAUUUUUUUUUUUUUUUAAACCUGUAGCAUCUCUUUAAGAAGCCAUAGGUUAUAAAUGCAGUUACAUUGGGGUAUAAUUUAAAACAAAAUUAGAAUGCUGGGCAUUUAGCAUGGCAAAAUUGCACUACUAUUUUUAAAAAAGCAUAGUGAAAGUUUUGAAUUGACAAUUCAGCACACAAAUGUUUUUGGAUAAUGUUUUUUAACCAGUAAGUUUAAGAAGUUAAAAUUAACUGUAAUAUUUAUAUCAAAGUGUGCAGUUUUUUAUGGCAGUUUAAUAUAAUUGAAUAUAUUUUGUACUAUUCAUUUAAUAGUCACUGAUUCAUGAAUGGUUUUUUUUUCUUCUUUUUUUUCAUUUUGUGAAAAAUGGGUAUGGGUUUAAUUUUAAUGGCUUUAUACGAACAUUGCAGUUCUGCUCGGUCUCUGAGGGUUAAAGCUCUGACUCAAUCUUAUUUAGCAUAGUUCCUUAAGUGGCAGCUUGUCCAAAUGUUGAGUGCAGACAGGACGUCCAGGAACAAAUGCAUUUAAAAACCGCUAAUAGAGAGGAUAUAAAAUGUGCUGUAUUCUACAAGCCAGUAUAUUUUAUCUGACAAAUCUUGAAAUGAGACCAAAGACUCAAGUGAGAUUAUAAAAUCUGCAGUUUUAAUGACAAUCAACUUGUGAAUACCAUCAUAGUUUAUAAUUCUGUGACUUAGAGAUAAACGUUUAGUGGGAUUUUUGCCUACUUGGCUAUACAUGAGGGAUUUUAAACAGUCAUUGCUGAGCUAUGUGCCAAAACAGUCUUGAAACUUCCAUUAAUGUUGAAACCUUAAGCCAUAACACUGAGACAGAAGUGAGGACAGCUGGUGGUUGUUUCAAGUAUUGCAUUCACUCCUGCACAGCCUUGCAUUUUAGAAUUGGGUUAAUACAUCUGUUUAAGCUUUAUAUAUUAUGAAUUGUAUUUCAUUCAAGGAUUCUGUGAGAGAAUUUGCUAUAUUGUGAAUAUAUUCAUCACUAAAUGGAGUUGUUAGGCAGGAUGCCUCCAAGAGAUGGGUUUCAAAAAUUCCUUUCCAGGACCCUUAUUCAGCACUGAUUCAGCUGUGACUAUAUUCAGAAUACAGCACUCGUGUGCCUAUUUGCUUCCAUACAACAGUCAAAAUAAAAAUAUGAAUAUCCUAAAUUCAUUAAGCAUAGAUCUGCUAAAAGAUGCACCUGGCAUAACAUGGUAAUCAUUGGGAAAAACGUUUCUUGGUACUUAUAGCACCCCUCUGGUCUCAUGAGAUAACAUGGGGUCCAUGGGUUGCUUAGUUCACAAUCAAAGAGGUCAGGAAUUGAACCCCUUUGACCUGAAAUAUUUACUUGAAUACCCUCUGAGAUUGUAGGUUAAUAUUAAAUUAUUUAAGAACACAUUUGCAUGUUCACAGUUUUCUGGUAACAGUUAAUGGUCACAUGACAUGCAAGUAAACAAAUAAAGUAUCUAACCCUUUUUCGU